AUGCUCCGUUUGCAAAGCCUUAAAACAGUUGCGCGAUGCUCAGUUUCAAGAGUUACCCACUUUUCGCGUCUUAAUACGACCAUUCUACCAGUUUUUACAAGAGCUUUUUCCAAUUCCACAAUCCAGCGCAAUGAAGCCCCCCAGGGCUUGGCAGCGGCCGCCAAGGCGGCCGCAGUCAAAACCGACAAGCCCGCUAUGAUGAUAGCGUUCACUUGCAAGAAAUGCAACACGCGUUCGUCGCAUACCAUGUCAAAACAGGCCUACACAGGUGGAACGGUCUUGAUCCAGUGUCCCGGCUGUAAGAGCAGACAUCUCAUUGCAGACCAUCUAAAGAUCUUUUCUGAUGACCACAUCACCAUACAAGACAUUUUGAGCGCCAAGGGCGAGUCUGUGGCUCUGACAACAGACGAUUUGGCCUUCGAGGACAUCCCGGAAAAAUUACGCUCAACGAUAGGCCACCAUGCCAAAGAUGCACCUGAAACGGUGCAAAAAGCAUCAGAAGCGAGCUCCCCACACAUUCUUCCAAACAGUAGCGACCACACCCCGAAAUAA